AUGGCGUCCGUGGAAAGCCUAUGGUCGCCUUCCUCGGCUUCUUUCCUGGCUACUACACCACCUUUAAGUUCUUCAACCAGUUCAUCGUCUGCGCCGUCAUCUCCUGUUUCGAAUUUACCACCUCUGAGUCCUCCACUCUCAGUCAAAGCAAUGCAAUCGAGUGAAAAUGGCGUGAAUCUACCGUUUUCUGGUGGUCCGGACUUUAUGGACUACAAAACUGUAAAUUUUACAGUACCACCGCGGCCAUUAGACCGACGUGGAAGUCGAGAGACAAAUCGUCCUCUUUUUAGUGAACGACAGCGUUUUACUCCAACAGCAGAUAAACUUGUGCUUGUAAUGGUUGGACUUCCUGCUCGUGGUAAAUCAUUUAUUGCCAAGAAAUUAUGGAAAUAUUUUUGCUGGAAAGGGCUUAAGUGUCAAGUCUUUAACGUUGGUCAGCUUCGACGAGCAACGAGCUUUGGAAAGAAGCAAGAUCAUUCGUUUUUUGAUCCAAAUAAUAUUAAAGCGAAGGAAGAGCGAGAGAAUCUUGCACUUGAGGUAUUGAAACAAGUUCAGCGAUGGUUUUGUGGGGAAAAUGGAGCAAAAGGAGGUGAUGUGGCAGUUUUUGACGCAACAAAUACGACAAAAACACGACGAAAAGUACUUACCGAGACAUUUCGUGCAUUUGCUGAAGAACACAAGACGAGUGUUCACGUGGUGUUUAUUGAAAGUAUUUGUACGAGUGAAGCGGUGAUUCAUGCUAAUGUCAAACAAAAGAUUGAAUGCAGUCCAGACUAUCAAAGUAUGCCGGAAGAAGAAGCGUUUGCGGACUUAAAACAGCGUUUAAAAAAUUAUGAAGCAGCGUACGAAGCGCUUGAAGACGCAGAAGGCUGCAGUUAUAUUAAACUUUUUGAUAUGCAGUCAAAAGUGCAUGCCAAAGGCAUUUAUGGCCAUGUUGCCAAGUCAAUUUUGCCCUACAUGAUGAGUUUUCACAUUGCUCAUCGUCCUAUUUGGCUCGUACGUGCGGGACAUUGUAACGAAGUGCGACGAGACUUUCGAGCUAUUAUCAAAGAUCCUUGUAUUGCACCUCGUUCAGCACAUUUGAGUCCACUUGGUGUAGAUUUUGCGUACCGUCUUGGCGAGUUUGUCAAGCAGCGGACUAUUGUGUGGAUGGAAAAUGAAAGCAUGACACAUGAGGAUGACCCGACCGAUUGUCUUGUCAUGACGUCGACACUGCCGCGAGCUGUCCAAACGGCUGAUUUCUUACCUUAUGGGAAACGAAUGCAAAUGGCGACGCUUAAUCCUUUGGACAAAGGCGAAUGCUAUGGAAUGACGAUGGAUCAGAUGAAGGAUCAGAUGCCAGAAGCUUUUGCAGCGUACGAAAAAGAUCCUUGGCGUACGCGUUUUCCCGGUGGCGAGUCAUAUCAGGAUCUCAUGAUGCGUCUUGAACCUGUACUCAUUGACAUUGAGCAACACACAGGGCCUGUACUCGUUGUCUCGCACAUUUCGACAUUGCAAGUACUAUAUUCUUACUUUUUGGGCGCACCUAUCGAAAGCUGUCCGAAUCUUGAGAUCCCGUUCCAUUCGGUGCUUGAGCUUGUGCCUAAUCAAGACGAUUGGACCAAGACUGUAUUUAAUAUGCGCGCAUAA